CGGCAGAAGUGACGUUACGCUGCUUCAUGCAUUUAUCUGGGUUAAAAAAAAUGAUGAGGAUGAUGGUUGUGCUAAUACUGGCUCUGGCUCAGUGUGAGACAAACUCUGACAGCUACGAUGCAGACGAGGAAAGGUUCAUGACAGGUGCCCGUGCUUUGGAAGACCACACAGGUGCACCUGAGGAAAGGUUCACGACCGGUGCCCGUGCUUCGGAAGAUCACACAGGUGCACCUGAGGAGAGAUCCACAGCAGGUCAUGCACGUUACUUACAGAGAAAUACAAAUCUGGCACUCAAAACGUUGUCAGCGCCAUGUGUUUUAGCCCACCUGUCUCCAGAAUUUCCUGAUGGACUAGCUGGUCAAGACAUCCACAGAAACAAUAAAGAAAUCAACAAAACGUUCACACUUUUCCUAAAAUAUAACAGCUUGAAAUAUUUCCAACUCACCCACGCGGUUAAGAAAAGAAAACAGAAUGUCUUCACGGCAUUAAAAACUUCAGUGAAGACGGGUGAAACUCCUGAGUUAUCUCUUAAUGACGUAGAAGAGGACAAGUCUGAGGUGCAACUGAAGAAGGUUAGCGAGGAUGUGCAGGUGAUAGUGAACGCCAGGGAGACUGCUGGUCACCUCCAGCACUUCUGGCGCAGCACUGGUCUAUGCCCACCAUCUCCCCACACCUCCGCUCGUCCCUUCCUGCUCAGUCAAGACGAGACUCUCAACUUGGCAUUGAUUGGCACUUUGCCUCACGGCGCUGUGGCACAGGUCCGCGUACACUGGCUGCUGGAUUUAGUACAAGGAAGCUUAGAAAACGGGUUUCCGAGGUACGACUUCAGUCAACUGGACUCACUACUUGACCACCUUCACAACUACCACCUGCGUCCAGGCUUGGAGCUCAUGGGCAACCCAGGUAACCUCUUCACUGACAUGGAGAACCACACUCAGGUCAUCUGGUGGAGGGACCUGGUAGCUCACACCGCACGCAGAUACAUCGGUCGUUACGGGCUGGAGUGGGUGUCCUCCUGGCUGUGGGAGACCUGGAACGAACCUGACCACCACGAUUUCGACAAUCUGAAUUUCACGCUCCAAGGGUUCCUCAACUACUUCGACGCGUGUAGCGCCGGCCUGAAGGAAGUAUCCGAGAGUCUUGUGCUUGGUGGCCCCGGGGGGUCUUGUCACCCCCCUAACUUCUUCACCUUCUGCUGGGCAAUUCUUCAACACUGCCACAAUGGCUCAUCCUACUUCACCCCAGGAAAACCUCCUACGAUUGACUUCAUCUCUUUUCACAAGAAAGGUUCUAGCGAGGCUGACUCCAUCCUGGACCAGGAGCUGGAUACCAUCAACACCAUCACUACCAACUAUCCCAGUCUACGACACCUACCUAUGGUGAAUGACGAAGCUGACUUCCUGAAGGGUUGGUGGCGAGGGUUGGAGUGGAGGGCAGACGCCAGGUAUGCCGCUCUAGUCGUCCGCUCUGUGUACAUACACCAGCUGGCUCAGACAACACUCCCGCACAUCAACCUCAUCAGCUUUGAUAACGCCUUCCUCAACUACCGUCCCAGCUUCUUCGAGCAACGCACUAUGAUGGCCAGGUUCCAGAUCAACUGCACCACGCCGCGGCAAGUGCAACUGGUGAAGAAGCCAGCCUACACUAUCAUGGGGCUGUUGUCUCUUCUGGGAGACCACUACUUGACCACCAUACUCCGUGGUCUCAGCCAUCCACGACUUUCUGUCAUUUCAUCGUGUCGUCGCUGCCAAUUACCAUCUAUCCAGACGACGACACGCAUUAAGGGAACACCAGAGCGACAUACAUGGAAGAAUGUUAACAGAAACGGUGAGGUAAAACGGAAGUCGGAAGAGGCCAACGGGAGAUGGGAAGCAACAGUAGUGCUGUCGCUCUCCAACGGGAGUGAGAGCUCCACGAGGGAGACGCUGACGGCGAGGGUGUCCCUGGCUCUCCCUCGGCACCUCCUGGGAGAGGAGUUGUUCGUGGUGUCAUACCAGCUGGGGCUUGGCCAGCUGGGGCCCUACCAGGCCUGGCUUGACCUUGGGCGACCCCAGGAGCCAACCCGACACCAGCUGGCUUAUAUGAGGUCAUUUGAGGGUGCUGACCGUAGUGGUCCACACAAGGUGUUGGUCACCAGACCUAACCUGAGCUGGUGGGUGAGGCUAACACUGCCGGAUGUGAGGGUCAUCACGUUUGUGUCAGGCUCAAAGUCCUCGGGCCAGGGCAUUACGUCACCUUCAUACAUUCACAUCGUUGUUUGGGUGUGCGGCGGCGCUUAUCGCACAUCGUUGUUGGGUGGCGGGGGCGCUCAUCAGCACAUCGUUGUUGGGGGUGCGGCGGCGCUUACUCAGCACAUCGUUGUUGGGUGUGCGGCGGCGCUCACUCAGCACAUCGUUGUUGGGUGGCGGGGGCGCUUACUCAGCACAUCCUUGUUGGGUGUGCGGCGGCGCUCACUCAGCACAUCGUUGUUGGGUUGCGGCGGCGCUCCCCUCAGCAAAAUCCGUUGUUGGGUGUGCGGCGGGGGUCACUCAGCCAUCGUUGUGGGUGGGGAAACGGGGGGGCGGGCUCACUUUAGCACAUCGUUUUUGGGUGCGGCGGCGCUCACUCGCACAUCGUUGUUGGGUGCGGCCCGGGGUCCUCAGCACACGUUGUUGGGUGUCGGCGGCGCUCACUCAGACAUCGUUGUUGGGUGUGCGGCGCGCUCACUCAGACACAUUCGUUGUUGGGUGGCGGCGGCGCUCACUCGCCAUCGUUGUUGGGUGUGCGGCGGGCCAAUCAGCACAUCGUUUUUGGGUGUGCGGCGGGUCCACUCGCACAUCGUUGUUGGGUGUGCGCGGCGCUUAUCAGACCUCCAGGUGACGCACAGCCUAAAUGAUCCACGUGUAGUCGAUAGGUUUGAAAUGAGAGGAAGCAUGUUAAAAGUGCCAGAUCGGACAGGCUGUGAUGACUGUGUAGGCCUACUGGUCGCUAGCAGGAGGAGCCUGGUUGACCUGGUAGACAAUAAGGUAGUCUGUCCUCAGACCGAGCUGCAAGGGUAUAUAUAUAGAAAGACUUGA